AUGGCGACUGGGAAACCGCAGAGUAUAGCUCUGCCGGGAAGGGAGACUGAUGGCGCUACUCACGAUGAGCCGCAAUCGAGCGCGAGUGAUAGCGAGUACCAACACGCACUUGAGGUGGUAUUUGAUCCCCAAAACGCCCGGCGUCGCAAAUCCUCAAUGGUCGGCACCGAAAACCCCGUACAGCGGAAGAAAACCGACUGUUACGUGCACGCGCUCCUCGAGAACCAGCGGCAGCUGGGCGGCGGAGGGAGUUAUGCUCAGAGUCUUGAGGGGAUCGCGGAGAGUUUGGGCACGGGGUAUAAGGAUUGUGGUCCCCCGGAGGAUGAUGAGCUCGUGGAGGUCAAGUCGGGAGGGGGAGUUGGAAGUGGAAGUGGACAGGAAGAUGAGAAGGAUUGGAAUGAACAGGUGGGUGUUAAGCAUAUGGUGCAGAAGAUUGCGGAUCAUGCGGAGGAUAAAAAGGAGGAACAACAUGGUGCGGAUCCUUCGGCGGUGCAUAGUCGGUUGUUGACGAAGAAACAACUCAGCGAUAUGGCGUGGGGCGUGAGGGAGUUGAGUAAGAGGCUGGGGAGUGUGAGGUUGAAGUUGAGGGUUAAGACUGUGUUUUUACUCACCAAGGUUUAUGACGAGAGUCUGAUUGCGAAUACGAGGGAUGUGGUUAGGUGGUUGUUGAGUCCUGAGAGACAGGUUAGGUAUGUGGUGUAUGUGGAGAAUACGCUGAAAGAGAAUAAAAAGUUCAAUGCUGUGGGGCUUUUGGAGGAGAUUGAAAAGGAGUACGAAGGGAGAGACAUGAAUGGGGAUGAGAAGAAGUUGGAUAAGCGGUUACGGUAUUGGAAUAACGAGAUGUGUCGGACUCGACCUCAUACCUUCGAUUUCGUCGUCACGCUGGGAGGUGAUGGCACGGUUUUAUAUGCGAGUUGGUUAUUCCAGAGGAUCGUGCCGCCGGUACUCAGUUUUGCGUUGGGCAGUCUGGGGUUCCUGACGAAAUUCGAUUAUGACGAGUUUGAGGAGACUUUGACGAGGAGUUUUCGAGAUGGCGUUACGAUUAGUCUGAGAUUGCGGUUUGAGGGGACGGUGAUGAGGAGUCAGAAGACACGGGCUAUCACAAAUGGCACGAAUGGGGAGAAAGAGGGUGAAGAGGAUGAUGGCAAGAUGCGAGAUUUAGUAGAGGAGUUAGUAGGCGAAGAGAAAGGAGAUGAGCGAACACAUCGACCAGACGGGACUUUCGAAAUUCUAAACGACAUCGUCGUCGAUCGCGGUCCUAAUCCAACAAUGUCCUCAACCGAAAUCUUCGGCGACGACGAACACUUCACCUCCGUCCAAGCAGACGGCGUCUGCGUCGCCACACCCACCGGCUCAACAGCCUACAACCUCGCGGCCGGCGGCUCCCUCUGCCACCCCGAAAACCCCGUCAUACUCGUAACCGCCAUCUGCGCACACACGCUCUCCUUCCGACCCAUCAUCCUGCCCGACACGAUCGUCCUGCGUGUCGGCGUGCCGUAUGACGCGAGGACGUCUAGCUGGGCGAGUUUUGAUGGGCGGGAACGAGUAGAGUUACGGCCAGGCGAUUAUGUGACGAUUAGUGCGAGUCGGUAUCCGUUUGCGAAUGUGAUGCAGCAGGGGCGCAGGAGCGAGGAUUGGGUUAAUAGUAUUAGUGGGAAAUUGGGGUGGAAUACUAGGGGAAGGCAGAAGAGUUAUCGUGAGUGGGAGAAGUGA